UCGCGGGAGCCGGUCGGAAAAGAAGAUGUGGAGUGGACUGUUACCACCUGGGAUGAAUGAAAGUGAUAUUGAGUUGAGUUCUGAGGAUGAGACCACAUUGAAAAUUUCAGAACUCAGUUCAAAGGAAGAUAAGGGAGAUGGUGUGACUGGAGAAGGCAGUCUCUCUGUUUUCCCUACUGGUGAACCUAAAAAUGGGGCAGAGACAGAUGCAAAAAAUGCUGAUGAAGCGUGUCCAUCUGGAGUUCCCCUAAAUAUGUGGAAUAAGUUUCAAGAAUUACAUAAAAAGCAUUCUGACCUGAAAACCAUAACACAUUCUAGAAGCAAAAGGACUAAAAGAAAACGUCCCAGAAAAGAUAAAUUGAACAAUAAUGAAGAGUCUGACAGUCAACAAUCUUCAAAUGAAGCCCAAUGGAAGGAGCUUACUCAGUAUUUUGGAAUCAAUGAUAAGUUUGAACCCCUCAUAAGCAAUAGAGAACUUCUAAAGUCAGGCCUUGAAGUGAGCAUCGACAAAUCUGUGGCUGAAGGGGAUAUUGAGAAAGCAGAAGAACUAAGUAAUAGGUUAGCUACUCGGGAGCUUGGAGUAAAAAUUGCCAAAGCUGUAGCUUGCCGUAAUUUUGUAAAGGCUAAAAAGGAUGCUGAAACUUCACAAGAGACUCAAAAAAAGAAGAAACUUGCAUGGGGGUUUGAAGCAAAGAAGAGAUGGGAAACCAAAAGCAACAUGGGAUAUAUGUAACUAGGCCUUCAUGCUUGAAAAGUGAAAACUUGAUAUCUUACUGCUCAAAAAAGAGCUGGCUAACUUUUAUACUAGUUAGGAAAAAUAAACAUUAGAUUAGUAGGACAGUUUUCUAUAUCUUUUUCAACCUUUUUAAAAAAAUUUUUUUUU